AUGCAGGAGAGUUCUGCCGCUAGCCCUAUUGAAAUCUGUGACAUGGAACGUGAUGUGUUCGAGUCUUUGCUCCAUUUCAUAUACACUGACUCACUUCCAGCAGUGCUUGAUGUGGUGAUGGCCGGCCAUCUGCUCGUAGCAGCUGACAGGUACAACAUUGGCAGGCUAAAGCUAAUAUGCAAGGAGAAAUUAUGCAAUCACAUUGAUUCCAGCAUGGUGGCAACCAGUUUGGUUUUAGCCGAACAACAUGGUUUUCAUCAUCUGAAAGAAGCUUGUUUGAAAUUCCUUGCUACCCCCUCCAAUUUGGAGGCGAUGGUGGCAAAGAGUGAUGGGUAUGAGCAUCUGAAAUCCAGCUGCCCAUCUCUUCUCAAGGAGGUGAUAUCUACAAUCUUGCCCGCUGAACUGAAAGUGACAAAGGAUAUUAUCAUGGCAAUGUGGAAGUAA